GAAUCGGCAGCAGGGACGGGUCUCCCUCCGCUAUUCUGUCUCAAUGCGAAGAAAACACACUGACAGAAAGUAGAAACACUUCAGCGAAUUCCCACACGAAAGUCUCUUUGGAAACUCCGAUGGAUUAAUCUGAUUUUUCUGCGAGAGUAGAGAAUGGGCUGUGUCCAAUGUAAGGAUAAAGAAGCAGCAAAACUCACUGAUGACCGGGAAACCAGCCUCUCGCACAACUCGGGGUACCGCUAUGGAUCCGACCCUACGCCGCAGCACUACCCUAGCUUCGGGGUCACCACCAUCCCCAACUACAACAACUUCCACAGCGCCGCCACACAGGGGGUGACCGUGUUCGGAGGAGUCCACACAUCCUCGCAGUCUGGGACGCUCAGGUCCCGGGGGGGAACAGGGGUGACUCUGUUUGUGGCUCUUUAUGACUACGAAGCCAGGACCGAGGAUGACCUCAGCUUCAGAAAGGGGGAGAGGUUCCAGAUCCUCAACAGCACCGAGGGAGACUGGUGGGAGGCUCGUUCCCUCACUACAGGUGGAACUGGUUACAUUCCCAGCAAUUACGUAGCUCCGGUGGACUCGAUCCAAGCUGAGGACUGGUAUUUUGGUAAAUUAGGUCGAAAGGAUGCAGAGAGGCAACUGCUCUCCAACGGCAACGCCAGAGGCACUUUCCUCAUCCGAGAGAGUGAAACAACCAAAGGAGCCUACUCCCUGUCCAUCCAGGACUGGGAUGACAUCAAGGGAGACCAUGUCAAACACUAUAAGAUUCGCAAGCUGGACAGUGGCGGCUACUACAUCACCACCAGGGCCCAGUUUGAAACGCUGCAGCAGCUAGUGCAGCACUACUCUGCCAGGGCUGCAGGGCUGUGCUGCCGCCUGAUCGUGCCGUGCCACAAAGGCAUGCCUCGUUUGACCGACCUGUCAGUCAAAACCAAAGACGUGUGGGAGAUCCCGCGAGAGUCGCUGCAGCUCAUCAAACGUCUCGGAAAUGGCCAGUUUGGAGAAGUCUGGAUGGGCACGUGGAACGGCACCACCAAGGUGGCAGUGAAGACUCUGAAGCCCGGCACCAUGUCGCCUGAGUCCUUCCUGGAGGAGGCUCAGAUCAUGAAGAAGCUCCGACACGACAAACUGGUGCAGCUCUACGCUGUUGUGUCCGAAGAACCCAUCUAUAUCGUCACUGAGUACAUGAGCAAAGGGAGUUUGCUUGAUUUCCUUAAGGACGGAGAAGGACGAGGCCUCAAGCUGCCAAAUCUAGUGGACAUGGCAGCUCAGGUGGCAGCAGGCAUGGCGUAUAUUGAGAGGAUGAACUACAUCCACAGAGACCUGCGCUCUGCCAACAUCCUAGUCGGAGACAGUCUGGUGUGUAAGAUUGCUGACUUUGGUCUGGCCAGGCUCAUCGAGGACAAUGAAUACACAGCAAGACAAGGUGCAAAGUUUCCCAUAAAGUGGACUGCUCCUGAGGCUGCGCUUUACGGGAAAUUCACCAUCAAGUCAGACGUGUGGUCAUUUGGCAUCCUGCUGACAGAGCUGGUGACCAAGGGCAGAGUGCCCUAUCCAGGCAUGAACAACCGCGAGGUGCUGGAGCAGGUGGAGCGAGGCUACCGGAUGCCAUGCCCGCAGGACUGCCCCACGUCCCUGCACGAGCUGAUGGUGCAGUGCUGGAAGAAAGACCCGGAGGAGAGGCCCACCUUUGAGUACCUGCAGGCCUUUUUGGAGGACUACUUCACUGCCACUGAGCCCCAGUACCAGCCAGGGGAUAAUCUCUGAGCACCGCCGCCCUCAUCUCAUGUCAUUUCCCUGGCCUUCCACCAGAGGGAGCCAGACUCCACAUAUUCUCUCUCUCAUCCUGUGGCUCCAACGAUCUUAAAAGCUCAUCGACUGACUUCUUGACUUCCAAGUAUCUCACACACACACACACACACACACACACACACACGCACACACACAAGAGGACGGAUGGCUGCUCUGUCAGCAAACUGACUAUCAAUUCAGUGGAUGUUUUUGAGGUGGGAGGGGGCGUUUGAGAUGAUUGAAGAGUUAAAAUGACU